AUGAAGGCUCCUCCGACCGAUGAGUGUCUCUGGCCAGACAUGCAGUGGACCCCCAGAGCCGAUAUCAAGGCUCCGGCAGGUGGGGCAGCAGAGGAGUGUCUCUGGCCAGACCUCAACUGGACCCCGCGUGCCGAUGCCACGCUACAAGGCACGUGUCCUCUUGUGCCGGACAUGGACUUGACAGCUGGCGAGAUGCAAACACAGACGAAGACUGAAGACCACGAUGCUGAAAGUGAGACUGACCUUGGAGAUGCAGGGAAAGUGUGUCUUUGGCCGGACAUUCCAUGGACACCCCGCUCUUCAGAUGGCGAUGUCAAGCCUUCACCUGACAAUGGCCUCUGGCCUAGCAUGAACUGGUAG